UAUUACUUUGUCGCCAUUUUGACAUUCGUCCACGCUUAUUAAAGUGCACGUGUAUUAUACAAGAUGGAUGAGGCAACUGUUAUUGAAGAAUAUAGAAAGAAAUUGAAACAAGCGGAAGAAGAUAUUCAGAUGAUUACAAGUGAACUUAAUGAUCUAAGAAAAAUAAAAAAUGGAGAUCUGAAUGGAGUUCGAUUGCCAGCGGAAAUAGAAUUACUUCAAGCAGAAAAUAAUAAAUUAAAAUAUCGAAUUGGAAUAUUAAAGCAGAGUGUUGAAGAAGAGGAGUCCAAAGAAUCUCAGAAUUGUAUGGUGAAUUGUUUACAAGAAUUGAAAAAAGUGUUUGAAGUUGCAGUUAAGAGAGCAUAUCCAAAUGUUGAAGAUCCUCCUAUUGCUGUAGUACCUAAUCCAAGGGAGAAAUUUGGUGAUUAUCAAUGUAACAGUGCUAUGCAAUUAGCUCAGUUGUUUCGAAAUCAAGGCCACAGGGUAGCACCUUAUGAAAUUGCUCAAAAAAUUAUUAUAAAUUUACCAGAAAAUCCUAUUAUAGAGAAAACGGAUGCAGUACAAGCAGGAUUUAUUAAUGUAACAUUGAAUAAAGAGUAUGUUAGUCAGCUGUUAUCUUCGAUACUUACAAAUGGCGUUCAACCACCAAAUGUGGGACCGAAAAAACGAGUCAUCGUCGACUUUUCAUCUCCAAAUAUUGCAAAAGAAAUGCACGUAGGUCAUCUCAGGUCAACAAUCAUAGGAGAGAGUUUAAGUAGGCUUCUUGAAUUUGUCGGAUUUGAUGUACUUAGAUUAAAUCAUAUAGGAGAUUGGGGAACACAAUUUGGUAUGCUUAUUGCUCAUCUCCAAGACAAAUAUCCUAAUUUUGCUGAAGAAGUUCUUCCCAUUAGAGAUUUACAAACUUUCUAUAAGGAAUCUAAAGUUCAAUUUGACGAGGAUCCCGAAUUUAAGAAGCGAGCUUAUUCUUGCGUAGUUAAAUUGCAACAACACGAUCCACUCAUGAUUAAAGCUUGGAAACAAAUCUGUGAUAUUUCACGUAAAGAAUAUCAAAAAAUAUAUCAAAGAUUGGAUGUCACUCUAAUUGAUAGAGGAGAAUCAUUUUAUCAAGAUAUGAUGAAUGAUGUUGUGAAAGAAUUAGAAAAUAAAGGGCACUUGAUUGAAGAAGAAGGGAGAAAAGUAAUGUUUGAUACCCAGUUUCCCGUGCCGUUAACACUCGUCAAGUCUGACGGAGGUUAUACUUAUGCUACGUCGGAUAUGGCAGCCAUAAAGCAUCGUAUCAUGGAAGAAAAAGCAGACUGGAUAUUUUAUGUAGUUGAUGCUGGGCAGAGUCAGCACUUAGAAACUGUUUAUUCUUGUGCUAAAAAUGUGGGCUGGUAUGAUCCAGAUAAAGUACGAAUUGAACAUGUUGGAUUUGGAGUUGUGCUUGGUGAAGAUAGAAAGAAAUUUAAAACUAGAUCUGGAGAUACAGUUCGAUUAGCAGAUUUGUUAGACGAAGGACUAGAAAGAGCAUUGCAGAAGUUGAAAGAAAAAGGAAGAGAUAAAGAACUUACCAGUGAAGAAUUGAAAAUGGCUCAAGAAGCUGUGGCGUAUGGUUGCAUUAAAUAUGCUGAUUUAUCUCAUAAUAGGAAUCAUGAAUAUAUAUUUUCAUUUGACAGAGUAAAAAUUAUUCACAACAAGUUAUUCUCAUACCCAACACCCAAGGAAAAAAACGCUUGGGCCAAUAAGUUAAUCAUAAAUAACUCCAAAGUACCAAUACCCAAAUUUGUAAGACAUCUCCUAGCAUUAGGAAUAGAAUAUAACUUGCCCAUCGAUAAUAUAACAACAAACAUAAUAGCCGAUAUUGACAAAAGCGUAAAAGACUUAACUAUUAAAAAAGAAGAAAAAGGAAAUUUACUUACAACGAUCAUCCAAAAUCUAAUGCAUCCAAAACAAAACAAUAAACACAGAAUCAACAAAUAUAAAAUUUUUUUAAAUAAUACAAUAAAUUUCCUUAAAACGAAUAAUCUCUCAAUAAUUAAAGCAGACAAAACUGACCAACUGAUAAUCAUUGACAAUAAUAAUUUACAACAGAAGACUAUAGAGCAGAUUAAUAACAUAAAUUAUAUUAAAUUAAACAAUAACCCAUACGAAGAUAUUAAAAAGGAACUAAUUAAUUUGGUCAAAAACAUAUACGCAAAUAAUAAUUUAAGUGAAAACAAUAAAAAUUAUAUCCUUAAUUUCAAAAACAACAGAACACCCAAACUAAACAUAAGAUUAAAAACCCACAAAAAUGAAGAAAAAUUCAGACCUUUAGUAGACUUCAAAUUUUCCAUACUUUACAACUUAGAACAAUAUAUCAAGCAACAAUUAACAAGCAUCGAUCUGUCUAAAUACACCGUAAAAAACGCGGAUGAUGUUAUAAAUAGGUUACUGAAAAUACAGAAAAGUAACACUGACACACUAAUCAGCCUAGAUGUCAAAAAUAUGUACCCAAAUAUAAAAUGGAAAUUAAUAGAGGAAAGCCUAACCAUGUUAAAUGUAGAUAAAACUUUAAUUAAUCUAAUACACUUCGCAUACACCAGAAACUAUUUUCAAGCCAAUACUAACUUCUAUAGACAGGUAGAUGGCAUCAGUAUGGGAUCAAAGAUGGGACCCAAAUUAGCCGAAUUAGCUAUGAUAAACAUAGAUGAAAAAAUAAAUAAUAUCCCAGGCAUAAAACUUGUAAUGAGAUACGCAGACGACUACUUAAUAAUAUACAAUAAUAGAAUAACAAACGAUAAUACUAUUCUGAACACUGCUAACAAAUUUAACGAAAAUAUUCAAUUCGAUAUUGAAAUAGAAAACAAUAAAAAAAUUAAUUUCCUCGACAUAACAAUCAUGAAUACACUUAAUAAUUUCUCUUUCAUCACAUACAAAAAACCAUGUAACGUUAAUAAAACUAUCAACUACUACUCACAUGUCCCAGAAUAUAUAAAAAGGAAUAUUUAUACCAUGGAGUUAAAAAACAUAUAUACCAGAAUAUCUGAUAACAAAUGGCAAAAAAUAAAAAUAAAAGAGCUUGAAACUAAAUUUUUACUUAACGACUAUCCUAAAUCGAAAUUAAACACAUGGCAAAAGCAAUACUGGGAAAAUAGAUUUAACACAAAAUAUAAAUCCGACAAAAAAUACAAAACCUUCCCAUAUAUAAAAAACAUUUUUGAAGGCUGUAAUAAGUCAUUAAAAAAAGACAAUAUCAGUUUGGCUCCAUCUUUGACCAACAAAAUAUCUCAUAGUAUCCAUUAUGACAUUAAUAAACAACAUAACAACAAACUAAACGCCCUUAAAACUAUAGGAACUGUUUACAAACUUGAAUGCAACUGUCAAAAUCCAAAAACUUAUAUUGGUGAAACAGGCCGGUCACUAGAAACCAGAAUUAAAGAACAUAUGGCAGCCAUCCGCCUAAAACAUAACACUUCCCCCUGGUACUACCACACAAUAGACUAUAAUUGCCAAAUUAAUAAAAACAAUACAAAAGUGUUACAUGUAGAAAAAGACACAUAUAAAAGAAAAUUUAAAGAACACAUAGAAAUCAAAAAACACCCUAAAGAAAACUUAAUUAAUGUUUCAGAAGGCAUGUCCAUAGACCCCCAAUGGUACAAACUCAUAGAGAACGCCUCCACGCGUGAAAUUAUAAAGGUCAACACAAGUCGUCUGUUGUUGUGUGAAGCAACAGCAGCCAUAAUGUCUACGGGAUUUCAAAUUCUAGGAAUAAGAACUGUUGAGAAAAUGUAACAUCUACUUAAAUUUAUUUAUCAUAUUUUUGAAGAAAUGUCUAUGAAUUUAUAUUAAAUAAAUUCUAAUAUUAAACAGUUUUAUUAAGGUAAAAUAGUUUGCUGUUUUUUAUUUAUUGUGUAUUA